UUCGCCGCGCUUCCGAUCGCGCCAUGUGGGCCCAGAGCGUCUGCAGGUUCACCACCUCGGUGGUCCGCGGGAGCCAGUAUGAGGAGGGCCCGGGGAAGAAUUUGCCUUUUUCAGUGCAAAACAAGUGGCGGUUGCUUGCCAUAAUGACUAUGUACUUCGAGUCCGGAUUUGCAGCGCCCUUCUUCAUAGUAAGACACCAGCUGCUUAAGAAAUAAGCAAGGGUGAUUCGUCUGUGGAACAGAUAAUGAAGUGGAACAUUCUAAGAAGUGCAAUCUUGCCCCCAAGAAAACUGAGCGCGGAAUGCUAGUUAUAUUUGUAAAUAAACUUAUGGCAUGAAUAUUAAUGCCUCUUCUCUGAACCAUGGAAUAUGAAA